GUUCGAAAAUGUCUGAUCGGGUGCAGUUGAUAAAUGGAGGAUAUUGUGUAUGUCAAGGUAGUUUUGUUUACGCGAUAUAUUUGACUUGGAAUAAACUCCCCGUGUUUCUAGUGCGUGUUGAGAGGUAGAUGAAGGUGGGUAAUGAUAAUCCGAGCACUUAUAACCGCUUACGAACCUCCUCCGACCCCAAAAAACCCAGAAAGUCCGCAUAACGCUGUCGGCUGUCGUCCCGAGGGUGCACGGAGCCUUGCUUCAAAGAAAUAGGAAUUCCGCUUGGAAAAUCGUCCGGAUUUUGGUGGAAGGCUCGCCGCCCCCGUGCGUCGCGGUUAACGAGCGCUCGUUGACCCGGAUAUAUUCACAUGGUUAAUAUACGGAAGAAAACAGGAUUUAGGAUGUCCCGCAAUCACAAAGAUAAGUAUGAGAAUGCUAACCCACGUCGUACGCACACUAUCAUGUCCACUGAGGAUGCAAACUCUGGGAAGAAAUCUUAUUGGCCGGAGUUGGAGAUAACAGGCAGUAUUAGAAAUCUCAGUCCAAAUGUUUGGCAGCUGACACACCUGACGGCGCUGUAUCUCAACGACAACAGUCUCCAGAGGAUACCUUCUGAAAUUGGCCGUCUUGCGAAUCUGCGAUUGUUAGAUUUAAGCAGCAACAAACUGCGUAGUCUGCCUGCUGAGUUGGGGGAUCUCAUCUACCUCAAGGAGUUGUUAUUGAAUCAAAACUACCUUCGCGUGUUACCUUACGAACUCGGGAAGUUGUUCCAGUUACAAGUGCUUGGUCUUCAUGGAAAUCCGCUGAACAAGGAGGUGUUGGCUCUCUACGGGGAACCAUCAGGGACUCACAAGCUGCUAUCUUACAUGCUGGACAACUUACAAGGUUCGUACAGCCAUUCUCUAACUCACGUGCGGUGCGUUUUAACUGCCACGGGUCAGUUGGUAUAUUCUAUCAGCACAGAGGGUUCGAAUAAUGUAACGGCAAACCAUCCACCGCAGAGACCAUGGAUCCCCUUGACAAGGCCCAACAGGACCCGACCGACCUGUAUAUUCACAGUGAUGUGUUACAACGUACUGUGCGACAAAUACGCAACGAGGCAGAUGUACGGCUACUGCCCAAGUUGGGCCUUGGACUGGGAAUAUCGGAAAAAGGGAAUCCUGGAUGAGAUCCGUCAUUACGCAGCGGACAUAAUAAGCCUACAGGAGGUAGAAACCGAUCAAUUCUACAACUUCUUUCUACCAGAGUUAAAGCACGACGGUUACGAUGGAAUUUUUUCGCCCAAAUCCAGAGCCAAGACCAUGGCGGAAAAUGAUCGGAAAUACGUAGAUGGAUGCGCAAUUUUUUUUCGAACAGCCAAGUUUGUGUUAAUCAAAGAACACCUAGUCGAAUUCAACCAAUUGGCUAUGGCGAACGCCGAAGGUUCGGACAACAUGCUCAACAGAGUCAUGCCGAAGGACAACAUCGGCUUGGCAGCCCUUCUCAGAACGAAAGAGGCAGCCUGGGAUAACGGCUUGCCAUCGGAUCCAGCACACGUACAGCAGCCAAUAUUGGUCUGUACAGCACACAUUCAUUGGGACCCUGAAUACUGUGACGUCAAGCUGAUUCAAACAAUGAUGCUCAGCAAUGAGUUGCGAUCCAUACUGGACCAAACUGGGCAAUCAUUCAGACCUGGACAUAAGCCUGAUUCGUCCAACGUUCAAUUACUGCUUUGCGGAGAUUUCAAUUCCCUUCCAGAUUCAGGAGUUAUCGAGUUUUUAACAUCCGGACGUGUGCCAGCUGACCACAGAGACUUCAAAGAUCUUACCUACAAAUCGUGUCUGCAAAAAAUAUCUGGUUGCGAUAAACCAAACGAGUUCACACACUCGUUUAAGCUUGCAUCUGCUUACAGCGAAGACAUCAUGCCUUACACAAACUAUACGUUCGACUUUAAGGGAAUUAUAGAUUACAUUUUUUACUCCAAACAAAGCAUGGUACCUCUUGGACUCCUUGGUCCGUUGAGUGCAGAUUGGUUUAGGGAGCACAAGGUUGUUGGAUGUCCCCAUCCCCAUGUGCCCUCUGACCACUUCCCGCUGCUAGUGGAGCUAGAAAUGACCCCUACAGUAGGAACAAGCAACGGAUUGAUCUCACGCAGGUAGCAGCUGCUACGAUCUAGGCCCAAGUAACAAUAAUAAAAAAUGAAUAAUAUUAAUAUUGAUAAUAGUAAUAGUAACAAUAAUAAUAUUAAUAAUAAUAAUAAUAAUAGUAAUAAUGCUAACGCUAAUGAUAAUAAAAUUGAAAUCCUCAUCGCUCCUUCUCUUACAUUCUGGCUCUAGCAAUACAACUCACAGUUGACAACUACUCUACUUGUAAUAGUAAAAUAUAACGAUACAUAUAUACUCCAUAUUGCCGCACAUUCAAAACAAACGUCGACGAAUAUUUUAUAGCGACCAGGCUAGCGGAGUCAUGUUGUAAUGCGUUUAGUUCUCAUGUAUAGUGGUAUUGCAUUUUUAAUAAGUAACUUCUCCUUAUUAAGGAUAUCGUAAUGUCUAUUAUUAUCAUCAUAAUAUGUAGAUACCUAUUUUCCUACAAAAGAUGCGAAAAAAAAAAAUGAAAAAUGAAAAGACAAAAAAAGAUAAGUGAGAAAAAAAACAAAUAAUUCCGAUUAAACCUCUGUGAUA